UAUAUAUAUAGACAAUUAACAAUUUGCCUAUUUUGACAAUUUUCCCAGAUUUACAGUUCCAGUGGUUCCAUCUCAUUUGCACAACAAAUUGACACAACAGAAGCGACGGGGUGUUCGAAUAGAUUUGCACACGACUGUACAUUCGCAGGAAAAUAAGAAAAUGCGCGAAUGAGGGAAGCCAUUCAGCCAAUCUGUGUUCUUCAGGUUCCUAGAAAUUGAUUCAUCUCAAGAUGCGAAGAUGGGGCCUUAGAGGAGCCCAGUGAUUCUGCCUCAACAACAUGUCCAUUUAAUUUCCAACUUGAUCCUCUGGUUCUGGUUGGAUUAUCUAUGCCAACUCCUUUUAAGAUUUGUAUCUAGUCAUGACGUGCUUGUGAAUGGGAUAUUUGAUUAUAUUUACAUGCAUUCGAAUGUUGACCUGGAAGACCUCUUAGUAACUAACUGCUCUCGCAGAAUGAACAAUUAUUUCUCCCAUCCCUCUAGUUUCAGCUAAGCCCAACAAACAUAUCAAGCUGAUGUGACUUCACUAGGGCCCCUGCCGAGGAGCUAAUGACCAGGAGAGGUAAUCCCUGUGCCUCCUCCCACAGGGCAGUCAGGAGAGCUAAUGGGACCUCUUAUAUAAAUACAGCUAGUGAGGAGGGAUGGAUGCUAUCAAGAUUGUUUUAUAGAACAGAACAGAGUUCCUCUGUAGCUAACUCUGGGCAGCAAGACUUUGGAAUUCUUUCGGAGCAACUUGGCUUAGACUUUCAAAGAAAACGUGCUUAACAGAAACACCUUUUUUCACGAGAAAGCCUUUUCGUUUUAUAUUGUAACGGCUUGGGCUUUGAAGGGCCAGGAUUCUCGUUUGGGGUGAACAAAAGGACGCAGAUUUUUUUUUUAAAAACUUGGAUUCCAAAGCAGAAUCGCUCCUGUUUUCUUAAAACCUCUGUUUGAAAAUCAUGAGCCGAGAUUUUUUUUUUUUUUUUUUUUAAGGACGCUUUGAUUUUGCUUGCUCAGUUUCGGAGCUAUGUUCCCCCUUCCAGGUCUACCCAUCUUCACCCCUGACCAGGUGGCCCGGGUCUGUGAGAAUCUCGAGGAGACAGGAGACAUUGAGCGCUUGGGGCGGUUCCUCUGGUCUCUGCCCACGCCCGUGCCGGGCUCUGCCAGCGAUGCCCUGAACCGCCAUGAGUCAGUCAUGCGUGCCCGGGCGUUGGUGGCUUUUCACAGUGGCAACUUUGAAGCUCUGUACCAGAUUCUGCAAAACCACCGCUUCACCCGAGAGUCCCAUGGCAAGCUGCAGGCACUGUGGCUGGACGCCCACUACCGAGAGGCUGAGAGACUUCGAGGGCGCCCCCUAGGCCCUGUAGAGAAGUACCGCAUCCGCAAGAAGUUCCCUCUGCCCCACACCAUCUGGGACGGAGAACAGAAGACCCAUUGCUUCAAGGAGCGAACUCGGAGUCUGCUGAGGGAGUGGUACCUGCAGGACCCCUACCCCAACCCCUCACGAAAACAGCACCUCGCCCAGGCCACCGGCCUCACCCCCACACAGGUGGGCAACUGGUUCAAGAACCGACGGCAACGGGAUCGCGCAGCUUCAGCUAAAAACAGGUUGCAGCAGGACUCCAGCCUCCUGUCCUCUGGCUCCCAGGACUGUCACCCCCACCUCCAGCAGGGGUCCCCCUCCCAGCCUGGGAGCCCCGAGACCAGCGACUGCAGCACCGGCACAGAGCGGAACAGGACCUCAACCCCCGACAUCUCGGUGUGCAGCGACAGCGACUUUGACCCCUGAGACCCCCGGGACUGGCAUUCGGAAGAGCCUACUCUUCAUUGGCGGUGAAUGAGACAGCUCUUGCUCUGCAGCUCAGUCAAUAUCUAUGAGGGGAUCUGGUGAGGAAGCACCUGCCAACCAAGCUCCUCCACUGUGGCGCCUCAUGUAAACGACACACCAGGAGAACCCAGGCUGCUGAC